UGUCCUCUAAGAUUUAGAAAUUUUAUUUCAGUGGCCCAAGAGAAUCGAUGGUGGAAUUUUAUUACAACAGCUUUUAAUUUUCUGCCUUCUUUCUCCAAUAAUACAAGGUAAUGAAGAUAAAAAGUACUUAUAUUUAUGUGUAUCCAUUAUCUGGAUCCCUUUCACAUACAAUAAACUAGAGAGUUAUAUAAUUUUGAAUAUAAUUUAUACUAUUGUAGAUGUAAAAGAAAUUAUUAACAAAGAGGACCUAGUUUGUUAGUACAGAAGUUACCAGCUAACAAAUAAUUGAAUUUUGUAAUAUUUCUCUGAGCAGCACAAACAUAGGUUAAUCAAUCUCUAAUUAGCUCACAUGUUAAUUUUCUUUCCAAGACCAGCCCUUAUUGUUAAAAAUUGUUUCAUAAUUAUUAACGAUGAACUAUUAAGUUCAACAGUUUGUUCAAUAUUUUAUGAUAGAAUACUAAUUACGCAUGUACAUAUAUGAUUAGAAAACUGCCAGAGUGUUGUAAAAUUUAUCACUUUUUAGAAUAGCCAAUGGCAGUUACAUCUGCUAAAAGAUUGGAUCAUUGGAUUAUUAGGAACACAGGUAAACAUAGAGCUCCUGGAAUAUGUGCAGCCCUCUUCGGAUUUUUAUUAAUGUUUACUGGAAUUUUGGUUUUAACUGUUGGCAAAUCGGUAUCCAAAAAAGGAAAAGUUAACAAAAGUAUUUCAGACUUGGAAGACGCUGGGCCUGCGUUUCUUUCUAUAGGAAUUUUGUUGAUAUUAAUAGGAUUCACUUAUCAGUAUAUAAGGCACAAAAGAUUCAAAAAAGCCUUAACUGAAAAACGAAAGCGGAAACUUGAAGGACGAGCAAAUGACUAUGUAAUGACGGACGAUGAACAUUUUGAGGGUAUCGAUUCUUUAGAUCCUGUUGAAGAAUUCCAAAUGGACGAACCAUCUACUUCGACUGGUAUAGUUUUAAAUGUUGUUUCACUUCCCAAUAAUUCUGUUCAGAGCGAAAACUUUUUACCUGAGAUUGUAACUGAAACUGUUCCUAAGAAUGAUCAUUCAAAUGAAAUUAUUCCUCCACGACCUCCUCGUAGCCAUUCCGCAAGAAGCCUGAGACGACCUUCUUUGCAACCUAAUCAAAGAUCGCUUUCUCAAACUAAUAUUCAACAAGCGAGUGAAGAAAUAGAACAAAUCGAACAAAUCGAACAAAUCGAAGACCUCAGUUUGAAUGAAAAGUCACCCCAAAAAACUAAAAAACACCUAGGAAAGCAGAAAGGUACGGGCAAUAACAUUCUUACAGUUGACUGCAUCCCGUCUCUCCGAGACUCUCCUUCUCAAGACUAUAUACCUAAAGCAGUUUCUAAAGGGUUCUCUAAUUUCUAUAGUUCGACAAAAAGCGAAUCAGGUUGUUAA